AUGUUCGCUCGACUCUUCAAGGCUAUGCCCGCCCGGGCCUCUGCCUUCCCGUCCGUGAAUGCCUCUAUCCAGUCUCGGUUUAUGGCGACGGUGCGUCAACAGCGUGCCGCCCCUGAACGCGCAACUUUUACGAUCCGAGAUGGUCCUAUCUUCCACGGCAAGUCCUUCGGUGCUCGCUCCAACAUCUCCGGAGAAGCCGUCUUCACCACCUCUCUGGUCGGGUACCCCGAGUCUUUGACCGACCCGUCCUACCGUGGCCAGAUCUUGGUCUUUACCCAGCCCUUGAUUGGAAACUACGGUGUCCCCUCCGCGGAGAAGGACUCGAACGGUCUGCUCAAGUACUUCGAGUCUCCUAACCUCCAGGCCGCUGGUGUUGUUGUGGCCGACGUUGCCGAGCAGUACAGCCACUGGACCGCCGUUCAGAGUCUGGGCGAGUGGUGUACCCGGGAGGGUGUGCCUGCUAUCUCGGGUGUCGACACUCGUGCCAUCGUCACCUACCUCCGUGAGCAGGGUUCUUCCCUGGCCCGUAUCACCGUGGGUGAGGAGUACGAUGCCGACCAAGACGAGGCUUAUGUCGACCCGGAGCAGAUCCAUCUGGUCCGCCAGGUUAGCACUAAGUCCCCCUUCCACGUGUCUGCCGCCGACCCUCAGUGCCACGUUGCCGUUCUGGACUGCGGUGUCAAGGAGAACAUCCUGCGGAGCUUGGUCAGCCGUGGCGCCAGCGUUACCGUCUUUCCCUUUGACUACCCCAUCCACAAGGUCGCUCACCACUUCGACGGUGUCUUCAUCUCCAACGGCCCUGGUGACCCCACUCACUGCCAGGCGACCACCUACCACCUGCGUCGCUUGAUGGAAACCUCCCAGGUGCCCAUCUUUGGUAUUUGCUUGGGUCACCAGCUGCUGGCUCUGGCUGCCGGUGCCCGUACCAUCAAGCUGAAGUACGGAAACCGUGCCCACAACAUCCCCGCUUUGGAUCUGAGCACCGGCCGCUGCCACAUCACCAGUCAGAACCACGGCUAUGCCGUUGAUGCUUCCACUCUGCCCUCCGACUGGAAGCCCUACUUCGUCAACCUGAACGACUCGAGUAACGAGGGUAUGAUCCACAAGUCUCGCCCUAUCUUCAGCACUCAGUUCCACCCCGAGGCCAAGGGAGGUCCUCUGGACUCCUCGUACCUCUUUGACAUUUACCUAGACAGCGUCAUCAAGUACAAGAACAGCCAGCUGGCUUUCCACCCCACCCGGGAGACCACUCCCAGCCCUCUGCUGGUUGACCUGCUGGCUAAGGAGCGUGUCGGUGUGCAGCCUACUAUUGGCAUGCAGAACGUUGCCGCCACCGCUGCUGCUGCUGCCGCUGCUGCUUAA